AUGACAGACUACUCUGGAAUGACUGUGGCCCAAUUGAAGGACCAGCUUAAAGCAAGGGAUCUUCCUACUCAGGGGCUGAAGGCGAAUCUGGUGGAGCGGCUGCAGCAGGCGGACGCGGAAACUGCCGAUGCUCGCGCUUCGGCAACUGAUGGGGGGUCAGUCCCUGCGAACAAAGCAGCAGCAGCUGGAGGUGAUAUGUCCGCAGCAGCAGCAGCAGCAGGGCCUCCUGCUGCUGCUGCUGCAGGCAGUGCAGAUAAGGAGGGUGAUGCACCUACAGAUCUUGAUGCUGCGCAAGCGCAGCAACAGGUGCAGUCCUCGCUUGCUGCCUCCUCCGAUGCAACAGCCAGGGGCCCUGUUGCUGCUGCUGAUGCUGCGUGCCCCUCAGCAACUGUGGACGGAGGAAGACCAAAGAAACAAGAGCUUUCACCAGAUGAAAUGAAGCAAAAGGCCGUGGUACAUCUGUCGAAGAAACUCCAUAGAGCCAAAAAAUUCGGUGGGGACGAGGCUGUUAUCGUAAGUCUACAGAAACAGCUGGCCCGUCUCGAGAAGUUCGGGCUCGAUCUUUCCACUCAGCUGGCACAAGAACUGGGAUUCAGCAAGGGCCCGCCUGCAGCCGCUGCUGUCACCACCACCAGCUUCAACCCAAGACGGCGGCCCCAACACCACGGCAAGAAGUUCAAGAACCAUCAUCAUCACCGCAGGUGA